CUCCUCCGUAUUCUCCCACCCAGAUACGACCUUGUCGGCCAAGUUUCUGGAGGGCGCCAUUUGCGAAGAACCAUCUGGACCUGGAACAUUCAUGACUGCCUCUGGCAAGCACUUCCCGAAACUGUCCGGUGCGGCUCUAGAACGGGCACAACGAAUAUUCGCGGAUGCUGACGAUUCACACGCCGAGCAGCCAGUCAAGUUGCCAAGUAAAGGGCCACCCCAAACUCCCCUUCGCACAUCCCGGCCGGUAUUCAAGACCCCAACCAGAAUGGCACCAAAAUCAAAUGUUCAAGAUUCCGUCGAUCCAGCGGCUGAAUCAAUGGGAGCGUAUACUCAUGACAAGGCAGCCUCGCAGGCUCCGUCCCAGUCUCCAACCCGCCCUGCCACAACGCCGUCGAUGUCUUCAGCUGGAUUCUCGACCGCCAAAGGCAGAUUGCUGCCGCCGCCAUCGAGAGAAGCAUUGCGUCAAGCGGAAGCAUUGCUGAGCUCAGGCAGCCCAGCCGAAACAGAUCGCAAGCCUAUGCCCAGCACGCCGACGGCUCGUAAAGUCGCUCCUUCUGCCGCUGCCUCGGCAACACGACCACCGGUCCCCUCACUUGCGCCCGCUGGAUCACCGCUCCGCCUGGGUGGCUACCAUUCCGAUCCUCUGAAAGCUCUGCCCACGACGCCCAAAACACCUGUCUCACGAGCCAUCGGCAGCCAGAACAAACCCUUUAAAUCUCCGUUGACGGCCCGAUCCCGCAACCUGGCCAACCCGCCGACAUCCAGAUCAUACGAAAGCCCUCGGCGUAGUGAGCGGCAAGAAAUUCCCCAGAUAUUCGAUGUGUCAAAUUCAGCCCCCCGCCAGUCGUGGAAGGAGUGUUUCACAGAAGUCAAGCUCGAUAAUAUUGACGGUCGCCAGGCGCUACCCGAUGAUAUCCUGAGGAUGAACUCGGUGCUGUCCAAGACGCACAAGUUUGUUUCUUGCUCUGGAGAGUCGCUCGAUGCAGAGGCCAUCACGCAGGAGCUUAUUAAGCGUGGCUGUCAGGCCUCGCUUCUCACGACGGAUUGGGUCAUGAACCACUACCGCUCGAUUGUGUGGAAGCUUGCCUGCAUGGUCCGCCAGUCGCCUCGCCUGCAACAAUCAUACUGGAAUAUCGAGAUGGUCGUCUCGCAGCUGCUCUAUCGGUAUCAGCGCGAAGUCAACAUGGCCCAUCGAUCUGCCCUCAAGCUGGCUGUCGAGCGGGAUCAUCCCGCAUCAGCGCACAUGGUGCUCUGUGUUUCGCGAGCGUCGCCCGAGCUCACUCCCGGUCGACAUUUGGGUCUCGACGAGAUCGAGUUGACGGAUGGAUGGUACUUUAUCAUGGCCAAGCUGGACCAGUGCCUUGCCAAAGCGCUUCGAGAUAAAAAGAUCUUUACGGGGCUCAAGUUGCAUGUUCAGAACGCCAAGCUGAUUGGCGCUGGUACCGAUAUCCUGAACACGGAUGGCGCGGUGUCGUUGCAGCUAAACGCAAACAGCGUCCGUCGAGCCGCGUGGGAUGCAAAGCUCGGCCUGCAGCGCCAAAGAUUGUUUGUCAGCGGCCUGGCCUCGUUGAGUGCCGACGGUGGCUCUGCUGGAUGCGUUGAUGUCGUAGUUUGCAGGGUCUAUCCGAUUCUGUACCUCGACAAAUCGAUCGGUGGGCGAAACAUCAUCCGAAAUCAGAAAGAAGAGGAUAUCGAGCAGCGGCGUUGGGAGAUGCAACAAAGCAAGGCGGCCGAUGGCUCUUUCCGUCGAUUUGGCGGCGGGUACGAGAACGAGCCCCCGCUUCAUUCGGCUCAAGACGGCGCCACUGCGCCAGCUCAGACUAUGGACAUCCGAGAGAGACGCCGCCGGUUCGAUGCGCUUCUCGGCUUUUCCGAAGGUCCCGACCACGGCGAGCGAAAUGUCACAUCCUUUGUCAACAUCCGGAUUUGCGACUACCCGCCCGAAGGCACCAGCCCGGAUGAAGUUGCAGAGACAAUGCUGACCAUAUGGACUCCGUCGCUGGAUCAGCUUGCCGAAAUCACAGAGGGCACUCGACUCCAGAUAUACAACAUUCAGUGCAUCAGCCCAAACCGAGUGAUAUGCAAGAAUACAUCGGUGGUGCUGAAAGCCUCUCGUCAGAUCAGCUGCCGGAUACGACCAACCACACCCGAACGGCUGGCAAGAUCGACCUAUCUGCCUCGUUCGCUCUUCUGGUCGUCCGAACUCGCGGUCAAAUCUCACGGGGACGAGGUCGACAUGGUUCUGGUUGUCGAGCGUAAGUUGAAGCUGUCUUUUUGGAUGCCUUCUCGUUGGCUGUCGUUGUGUGAUCACUGAUGUCGAUUUACCCGAGCAGGCAUGUCCCAGCAGAUGCCAGUGGGCUUUGGAGACUUCUCGCCAAAGCUCGAAACCCUCAUAAUGUGCUAUGAUCGCGAGGGCACUCCCUGCGAGAUUCAAAUGUUUGGCUAUCAAUCCCUGUCAUCGUUGAAGGGGAUCGUGCACUUUAGGAAUCUGGAGUACAUCGCAUUUCAGCAGCAA